AUGAGUCGCCUGGACUCGAGAAUCCCCUUUGGAGGCGACGGCCGAACCCGCAAUAUCCCUGUGCUGUCUUCCUCCGGUCAGCAUUCGAGGAUGGACAUCACCCCUCCGCCCGCGCACGCCGACAGCGACCGUGCGAUCAAUGGUGCCGAGUCCAAUUCCCUCAAUGUCCCCAACCCGGCCAUCGGAGCCGCGGCGGCGGCGCAGCAGCCCAAGGUUGUCCAGACGGCCUUCAUUCACAAGCUCUACAACUCGUACUUCAAGCACACCAACAUCUCCUCCUUCGUCCGCCAGCUGAACAUGUAUGGGUUUCACAAAGUGAGCGAUGUAUUUCAUACCGGGUCGCCGGAUUCCGCACUGUGGGAGUUCAAGCACGGAAAUGGCAACUUCAAGAGGGGUGAUCUUGCAGGCUUGCGGGAGAUCAAGCGCCGCGCCUCUCGACAUGCCCUGAUUCAUCGCGAUUCCUUCCCCGGGCACAAACCCGCCGUCUCGCAUCCAGGCACCCCGGCCGAGCCUGUGCCCGACGCGACCGAAGCUCGAUUCAUAAACCUCGAGCACACCCUCUUUGAUAUGCAUGCACGAUUGUCCCGAGCGGAAGAGGGCAAUAUGACCCUCAGCUCGAGGUGCCAGGCUAUGACGGAGAGUCUCACAAAAUGCUACCAAUGGACGCACUCCAUCUCCCGAUUCCUCCAGGCCGUUGUGCCCGACAGGGAGAGUCCUCUUUACCGCGAUGUGUCGAGCAUGCAAAGGGAAGUGGAAAAGCACAUUGAAACGGUCCGCGCCCUCGAAACCCCCCACGAAGCGCUCAUGCCCUCCCGACCACCGUUCUUCGCCAAUAUCGCAGAGACCGGCCCACCUUUGUCACCGCGCCAAAUGCCCCAGGAUGACCCUCGCCGACAGUCCAUGAUGGACCCUACACCGAGACCCAACAAUAUGAUCCGACCACCCGUUCCUCCACACCUGUCAGUCUCUCCCCGCCGCUACGGAUCCAUCGGGGGCGCCAAUUCCACUCCAUACGCACGGCCGCCACCCCCCGCAGCAGCACCCCCUCCACAACCUACCCCCCAUCCCCUCUCAGUAUCGACAUCCCCCGGGCCCAGUCUCGCCCGGCGCCACACGUCUGCCGACAUACGGCAGCACGGGUGGUCGCCCUCGGCGGGUUCUCCCUAUCCCCCUGGCAAUUUACCCAGUGGCCCGUGGCCACCAUCCCCGGGACAGCAGACCCCAGUCUCUAGUGACCAACAAGUUCGUGAUGUUCUCGCCCAAUAUGAGAUGGGUGCUCCCCGCCGUCUGCAAGAACAGUCUCGCCAUGCCACACCUCCAACCGCCGAGCCCUCACCAUCUAUGCUAGGUGUUGACAACGGCUGGGCGAUUGGAGGCUCCAGAUUCCCACAUGGCUCAUCAUUGCCUGCCACCCGUCGCUCCAGCAUGGCAAGCAAUGUACACUCAUUGCUCAACCCAGCCGAUACAGCCGAAAGGCCCGACGAAGACCAACAAGCCAUGGCAGAUGAUCGCAAACGGAAGCGGCUCGAAUAG